CCUCCUGUUCUUCCAGGCCUGCCCAUGACAUCAGUCUGGAGGAGUUUGAUGAUGAGGAUCUGUCUGAAAUCACAGAUGACUGUGGAAUAGGACUCAACUACGACUCUGAUCCAUACGAGAAGGUGGAACACACAUAUGAAUGAAUGCAAGCAUGCACACACUCACACACACACACUGACAAACACACAGGCACAUACACACACCAAUGUAAUGUAGUGAAACAGCAGGUCUGUAAUUAAUAACUUUUCUGGGGGCUAUUCUGCUCUCAUCAUUAAAUAGAUUAGCUUGCAGAAGGCUGCAAACUAAAAUCUCCUCAUAUAGUACAGAUAGAAAACAAAUGUCUUCCUACACAUUUGAAGAAAAGUAACUUGGCUGUCAGUCUGUUUGGGUUUCUUUGUGUGGCUGUGUGUCUCUGCCAACACAUGGUGCUCAGGGCUUUGAUUGACAGUUGCUGUGGGUGACUGCUGCUCCAACUAGGUGGUUAACAGCAAGUAUAGUGAGAGCGAGAAAGAUUGAAUAUGAGAGAGAGAGAGUGAUAGACUCCCCAGUAUAGCCAUUGGAGGUGAUAACUGCCAAUUUGUGUGCUACUCGGCUCAUCUCUUAUAUAAGCGGCAGUGUAACUUGCUGUUAAUACCUGUGUGACCAGAGCUCAUUACAUUAGUGACCUUAUACUAAGCUCAGCCCUACUCUAUCAUUUCCAUCCUAUCAACAUCAGUUCCAGCAUCAGAGCAGAAUAUGAAUGGUACUGUACUGUAAUGUACAACUCAGAUCCACUCUUAGUGACAGAGCUCUGGAGAUAAUCCACAGACCUGUACUACUGGAGAAGCACUGGGUCUGUUUCCUCUCGAUCUCUCUGUUCUCCCUCUAAUUAUUUCUCUGACACCCCUUUCUCUCAUUCUCUCUCUCUCCGUUCUCUCUCCCUCCCUCCCUCCCUCUCACUUUAUUUCUGUCUCCCCCUCUCUCUCCUGAGGGAUGUGAAUGUUUUAUGUGUGUGGCUUUGAGCCAUGGCUGCAGAAGAGGGUGAAUGACCCAGUGCAGUUUGCUGCUAUGCAGAGACAACAUCCAUCCUCGCUCAUCAUUCCCUUCUACCUCUCUCUCUCUCUCUCCCCCCUGCCUGCUCAUUCCUUCCCUCCCUGCUAUGCAGAGCACUGUUCAGAGAGAUCCUCCCGUCUCCCUACCUCCAAACCCCUCCUCUCUUCCUCAUGCCCCUUCCUCUAUUCCUCCUCUUCCCCUCUUUCCCGUCCCCACUGCGUAUAGAUGCAGAGAGGGAGAGAGGGGGAUUGGUUUCUACUGUUAAUCUUAUGACACAUAUCCAAGCGGGAUGUUUUUGCUUCUGCCUCAUUAAUCCCGCAACAAAAGAACAGAGGAAUUGAGGUAUUUUCUCAGUCACAUGCAAAGUUCUUUCUACAAAGCAAUUUGUCACAGAGUGUGUAGAGAAGACCCGGGCCUACGUCCUCAGAAAGCAAGUCGAGGGAAACGCUUUUAUCCUUGCAAUCUGAGAUGUCAUAUUUCAAACGCAGAUCACACAACGGUACAAACAGACCCUGACUGCUCAGUUCACAGAUGUGUGGGUGUAUGCCAGAGACAGUGUCACUCUUGUUAUGUUACAUCAUCAAACCCACCCCCACCAUGUCGCCCAGCCCCACAGGAACUAAUCCUGCUGACAUCGGACCGACACUCUGGAUUAAGAACAGAGCUGGAGAGUGUUGUGCGUGCAUUUGUGCGUGUGUUUGUGCGCAUGUGUGUUUUCUGUAUUUGAUUGGGUGAUUGUCAUUUGUCAGUUUUAAGCCAUCAUCAGCCGUUAAGCCUCUAUCACGCAGUGAAAUGGUUUCUGUUUGUAUGCACACGUGCCUGUAUUUGUAUGUGUGUGAUAAGGCACUGAAAUCAUUUUGUGGUGGUUGUCUUUUAGCACUUUGAUCUUCAGGGCUGACAGCCAAUCAGAACUGUGGGAUUAACCCCUGCCCAAUCCCCAUCUUUGAUUAAUAACCAUUUGUUGUUCACUUCCUAAUCUGCAUACCCCUUUCAAGAUUAGGAUUUGCUCUCUUUGAUUUACACACACACACACACACACACACACACAUAUACAUAUAUACACACACACCACACACACACCAUCAUAAACGGACUUAACCUGAUUAUGUCAGGAGCAGAGAUAUGAGUCUUCAAUCAUCUGAUUUCUUAAUAUACCAGAAAUGGCAUUUCAUUUGAGAGAAGAUUUGAAUGCUUUAAAAUGUCAUAAUUUGUCUACAACAUAAACCCAUGCCUCCCUCCAUGCUAUUGGUGGAAACUGCUGCAGUUACUAAUGUAUUUUUGAAGUUAUCCCAGAAUGCUAUCAGAAGGAGGAAAACAUAGAUGUUUUCAUGUGUGUAAUUAUGUUUUUUCACUUGGUUGAACUGUAGUAAGCUGCGAUACAUACAUACAUACAUACAUACAUACAUACAUACAUACAUACAUACAUACAUACAUACAUACAUACAGUGAGGGGAAAAAAGUAUUUGAUCCCCUGCUGGUUUUGUACGUUUGCCCACUGACAAAGAAAUGAUCAGUCUAUAAUUUUAAUGGUAGGUUUAUUUGAACAGUGAGAGACAGAAUAACAACAACAAAAAUCCAGAAAAACGCAUGUCAAAAAUGUUAUGAAUUGAUUUGCAUUUUAAUGAGGGAAAUAAGUAUUUGACCCCCUCUCAAUCACACCUGUCCACAGAAGCAAUCAAUCAAUCAGAUUCCAAACUCUCCACCAUGGCCAAGACCAAAGAGCUCUCCAAGGAUGUCAGGGACAAGAUUGUAGACCUACACAAGGCUGGAAUGGGCUACAAGACCAUCGCCAAGCAGCUUGGUGAGAAGGUGACUACAGUUGGUGCGGUUAUUCGCAAAUGGAAGAAACACAAAAGAACUGUCAAUCUCCCUCGGCCUGGGGCUCCAUGCAAGAUCUCACCUUGUGGAGUUGCAAUGAUCAUGAGAAAGGUGACGAAUCAGCCCAGAACUACACGGGAGGAUCUUGUCAAUGAUCUCAAGGCAGCUGAGACCAUAGUCACCAAGAAAACAAUUGGUAACACACUACGCCGUGAAGGACUGAAAUCCUGCAGCGCCCGCAAGGUCCCCCUGCUCAAGAAAGCUCAUAUACAGGCCCGUCUGAAGUUUGCCAAUGAACAUCUGAAUGAUUCAGAGGAGAACUGGGUGAAAGUGUUGUGGUCAGAUGAGACUAAAAUCGAGCUCUUUGGCAUCAACUCAACUCGGCGUGUUUGGAGGAGGAGGAGGAGGAAUGCUGCCUAUGACCCCAAGAACACCAUCCCCACCGUCAAACAUGGAGGUGGAAACAUUAUGCUUUGGGGGUGUUUUUCUGCUAAGGGGACAGGACAACUUCACCGCAUCAAAGGGAUGAUGGACGGGGCCAUGUACCGUCAAAUCUUGGGUGAGAACCGCCUUCCCUCAGCCAGGGCAUUGAAAAUGGGUCGUGGAUGGGUAUUCCAGCAUAACAAUGACCCAAAACACACGGCCAAGGCAACAAAGGAGUGGCUCAAGAAGAAGCACAUUAAGGUCCUGGAGUGGCCUAGCCAGUCUCCAGACCUUAAUCCCAUAGAAAAUCUGGGAGCUGAAGGUUCGAGUUGCCAAACGUCAGCCUCGAUACCUUAAUGACUUGGAGAAGAUCUGCAAAGAGGAGUGGGACAAAAUCCCUCCUCAGAUGUGUGCUAACCUGGUGGCCAACUACAAGAACUGUCUGACCUCUGUGAUUGCCAACAAGGGUUUUGCCACCAAGUACUAAGUCAUGUUUUGCAGAGGGGUCAAAUACUUAUUUCCCUCAUUUAAAAUGCAAAUCAAUUUAUAACAUUUUUGACAUGCGUUUUUCUGGAUUUUUUUAAAUUUAUUCUGUCUCUCACUGUUCAAAUAAACCUACCAUAAAAAUUAUAGACUUAUCAUGUCUUUGUCAGUGGGCAAACGUACAAAAUCAGCAGGGGAUCAAAUAUUUUUUUCCCUCACUGUACAUACAUAAUCAACCUAAGAAUGGUUCAUUUCCCCAUCACACAUAAAGAAGCAAUUCCAAUUAUCUGUAAUUCCUAUUGUUGACAUUCUGAAUAUAAUGAUGAUGAUGAUUUUUACUAACUUGGGUACUCUCACAGAUAAAAAUGUCCUCACAGUCAUGCCUAUGCAGAUUGAGAGGAGAGAACACUGGCCUACAUUUCCCAUAAUGUUUCAGAAAAGAAGGGAGGUUAUUCCUGAGUCAUACAGUUUCUGCAUUUUUCCCUGCUGUCUUGUGACCUGGCUAUGUCUGUCUGUGUCUGGGAGUUAGAUAUGAGCUACAGACGAGCUCGAAAUGAGACUGAGUGGUCUUCCCUCCUCUGUUUGCCCCUUAUAAUGAAUCUGUGAAAGCCUGGUUGGGUGGAAGCAAAUGGGUCAUUCUCAUGUUGGUAUCUAUCAAUCUUUGGGAGUAGAACCAGAGAGAAAUUAUUAGAGAGAAAGACAGAGUUAAUGAAUGAAAGAGAGAGUGAGAGAAAGUGAAUUCAGUCUGUUGGGAGCAGACAGGAUACUCAGUCCCUUGAGUCAGACCCAGGCAUAAAUCACUAGCUGUGAUGUGCAUCCUUUAAGCUAAAAUAUCCCUUCAAAAUGGGAAAGUGGUGCUGCUUGCUAUUUUGAAGGUGAGCUAGGCUGAGAAGGAAUAUAAUCUCCCCCUAGUGACCUGUCCCCCUUAAUGCACUCACAGUGCAUCCUUUUCUAUCGAUCAUUCAUUCAUUCAUUCAUUCAUUCAUUCAUUCAUUCAUUCAUUCAUUCAUUCAUUCAUUCAUUCAUUCAUUCAUUCAUUCAUUCAUUCAUUCAUUCAUUCAUUCAUUCAUUCAUUCAUUCAUUCAUUCAUCCAUCCAUCCAUCCAUCCAUCCAUCCGGAAAUCUAGGAGAUACAUGUGACAGAUACAGCACAGUUUCUCAGAGGAAGUCAAUGACACAGCCUACUGUACAAGAGACAUUUCACAUAUUUUAUGGGGGUUAAUCGAUUGCUUUUUAUUAGUAUUAAAAAGUAUAUUAUUUUUGAUCACGUGUAUAUCAUCUAUUAAUCUUAUAGUCAUACUUAUAGUGUUGUGUAUUGAGCCUCUAGGCUCCUCAAAGACACACACACACUCCUAUUUAUAGCUGUCCACUAUCGCCACUGCCAUCAAGGAGCAGAAUGUAGUCAUUAUUGAUUCAAUGUAGACAUUCUUAUUGAUCUGGUGAUGUUUUACUGUAGAUAAGUGUUUAAAAUGUCAACGUUUAAAAGUCCACUAUGGAGUAAUACUGUUAUGAGUACAUUAUGAUAUCAUUAAUACACAACACUAUAAGUAUGACUAUAAGAUUAAUAGAUGAUAUACACGUGAUCAAAAAUAAUAUACUUUUUAAUACUAAUAAAAAGCAAUCGAUCAACCCCCAUAAAAGAUGUGAAAUGUCUCUUGUACAGUAGGCUAUGUCAUUGACUUCCUCUGAGAAACUGUGCUGUAUCUGUCACAUGUAUCUCCUAGAUUUCCCCAUGGUUAUAGAUUGACUGUUGAUUUUAGUUUCUCUGGUGUUAAGGUUUAGCAGGCAUCAGCAGUCCUGUGUGAAGCGAAUAAGAAGGUUGGCUUUGAUGCUGAGAGAGACAGGAGGGAAAGAGAGAUGAGGAAAGUGCUGUGCUGUUCAAAUGCAAAGUGGAUAGCUAGAAUAGAUUCAAUCCAGUGUUCUCUGUCAAAAGCAAUAUAGUGUUGCAUUGAUUAUAGUGAGUGAUGUAACAACUUGUCUAUUCACAUUGUAGCAACUAUGACAAUAAAUAAAGAUAUCAUCUAUAAUUGUUUCCACUACCUUGUCACUUGGAGACUGUGAUACUGAAUGGUACAGGGACUCUUUCCACACUUUUUGCGUGUACAAAGAUAUAAAGUACAAAUAUGUGCUGAGUGCUUUUAGCCUGGAGAAAAACAUGCACAUGCACACACACACACACACACACACACACACACACACACAGACAGACAAACACAUCUGAAUCUAAUUUAAAUUGAAUUUUCCUGUAAACCAGCUGAAACCUGAGAGGCAUCAUCGAUCCACUUCUCUCUCAUACUAGCAUUUGAGAAUUGCUGACAGCAUUACAUUUCAGUGGCUCACAGUGUUAAAAUAUUGUUAAAGCAAUCAAUGCCGUACCGCAAGUCACUCAUUCUCUCUCCCCCUCCCUUCCGAUCCUCUCUCUGUCAGGAUUGUAUGAUUCUGGAGAAGAGUGAUAUGCACCACCCGGUCUGCUCCUUCCAGGACGACUUCCAGGAGUUUGAGAUGAUCGAUGACGAGGAUGAGGAAGAGGAGGAUGAAGACGAGGUGGACCCUGACGGUCCCCCCUCCCCCUCCACUUCCCUUCCUCCUUCCCCUACCCUGGGCACGCUGAAGAGCCGGCCCACCACCCUCAACCUCACCACCACUCUCUCUCUCUCUCAGGACGCAUUGAACAACAACGGCAGUCUUUCUCCAAAGAAGGGCAGCUGGCAGCACUCUCUACGCAAGCCCAUCUCACAAGGUGAAUACUGUGCUGUCUUAUUACUUACCCAAUAAUAAACCACUGCCAACACCUAGCAGCUUGUUUCCUCUCAAAUGCCCUAGCUUUCUAAGGAAACUUUUUUUCUACAAAUGUUUGUACGAUAAUUUAUCUACCUAGGAUUGUGUUUAGAUGCUGUGUCUUUAAAUGUUACAGUAGCAUGUUGUCCUUUGCGUGCAGGCCGUCUGUCUCCAACCCACUCUUGUCUGGAGCAUGGGAGUCACAUGACGGGCCAGUGCCCUUCCCAACCAGCCCCCCAGGCCCCAGGGUACCAGAGCAAAGGUACUCUCCCCAAACAGGCAGGAGAGGGUGGCCACCCCGAGUACCCUCGCAGACCCCUCCUCUGCGACAUGGAGGGAAAUAGACGGGAGAAGCCCAAAUACGGUAGCAAACAAAAUGGCCGCCAGAAGUCAUCCCCCAUAAACAUCUAGUGACGUGAUGUAAAAGUGUAGUCGUCCUGUCCUAGGGCUAUAGAUACAGACUUUGGCAAACAUAGUUUGGGAUUCUAAAGAAUGGGCUCCAUUUUGACACCAAAAGUUCGAAGUCCAAUGGGUGAGAAUGGAUUUGUUAUUGAGUGUUUGGGCCCAACACAGAGGAUAGUUUAGAUAGGUCUGUUUAUCUACUGCUCCCCUCACUGCCAUCCCCACCCUGGUGACUUCUGGUUUAAAGCGGCCAUUGCAAUAAAGUUCUCAUGAUCAAUUCUAAUCUCUCUUUUUUUUCUCAUCUCCCUCACCCUCUAUCAUCUCUCUUCAUUUAUCUCCCCUUUUUCUCUUCCCCCUCUAUGCCCUCUCCUCUCACUCUCCCUCUCUCCAACAGGCUCCUUCGGUCAACACAAGUCUCACCUGGGCUCUGAUGAGGUCAUUAACUCCUCAGCCGACCCUUCAACUCUGACCUCCAGAGUUUCAUCCCUGGAUGACCACUCCCAGUGCUCUGACACUGAGGUCGACCACGACAUCAACAACGCCGACCACAACCACAAACGUUCACGGUCCUGCAUGUCCACCCAGCGACGUGCCACUGACACCUACACGGUCACCACUGAGUCAGGCCUGGACCCGGAACUGGAAAACAACCAAGACGGGACCAGCCGAUGCCUGUCCUCCACUGCUCCCAUUGGGGGGAAUGAUGGCGCUGACACCCCUCUGUCAGAUGAGGAGCUGGAGAAAGAUUUUGACGUAGAGUUCAUGUGUAAGGAGACCUAUGACAUUGUGGGGAAGGAGAACCAGAGCUCAGUCUACGUUGAGUUCCCCUCCAUCGAGCCCUGUGAGCUGGCUUCUUUCUCCAGCUACAUGUCAUCAAGCCGCUCCGAUGUUCUUGACCAAUCCCGAAGCACUGAUCAGAGCGAGCAUCCAGCUGCAGCCAAUGAGGAGGUCAACCACUCCACCUCUCCGUCCUCUGACCCGGGCAUCGCUGACAUGAACGCCAAGCGGUGCUACGCCGCCUCAGACCAAGAGCAUGACCUGAGCUCUCCUGGGUCAGAGUCAGACAUCGAGGGGGAGCUGGAUGCAGCGUUCGCCUGCGGAGGACCUCUGGUCUCCAACAUGAUCUCCUCCAUCUCAGAGACAGAGCUGGACAUGACCAGUGAUGACAGUAGUAGUGGACGCUCCUCCCACCUCACCAACUCCAUAGAGGAGGCCAGCUCACCCACCUCUGACCAGGAACUGGACCCAGACACCGAGUUAGAACAGGACAGCGGCAUUGUGGGAAUGAAGGUUUCGCUCCUCCUUGGCCAGCCAGACUCCAUCAAAGAGGGCUCACCCUUACCCUCACCUUCACCAAUACCCUCCCCCACCAUAGCCACCCCUUCCCCUGCUGACUCCCCCAUCCUGCCCCCAGAGCCCUAUGAUGACGGCCAGGCUCUGAUGGGCCUACAGAGUGUAGAUGAUGAUGAAUUGCCCUAUGAGCACCAGGCUGACCUAGAUGAGGCCCUGCCCCCACCCCCACGCUGUGAGGACAGCAUCUCCAGACAGAUGCUCCUCCAGAUAGAAUCAGACCACAGCCUGGAGAGCUUCAAACACUCCUUCUACCUGCCAGUGGGACCCAGACUCAUACCCACUCACGCUGACGACUACGACGGUAACAGUGAGGGAGAGUCUGAGUCGGAGAGCGAGGAUGAGCUGAGCGAGAAUUCAGACUCACCCUGGUUGCUAAGCAACCUGGUGAACAAGAUGAUCUUGGAGGGGUCUCAUCCAAUCAGCUGUCCCGAGGACUGUUUCAAGAGGUCAGUGUCUGUCUCGGACACCAUCUCACCCUCCUCGGACAUCGAGCCAGACGUGUUCACCGACGCUGCAGGAGAAAAAGUGCAGAAAUCUGUGACGAAGGGAUCAGAGUAUAAAGAAGGGAAGGGUCUGAGGAACAAGGGGAAGGAGAGAGAGAAGAGGGAGAAGAGUGCAGAGCCACCCAAAUGGAAUACAGGGAAAGCCAACGAUAGAUUUGGCCCCUGUCUGUACAAGAGCAAUCCCACAGCUGACACCAUCAGACCGGUGAUCGUGGAGCGCUAUGGCAACAGGGUAUCCACAGACAAUAAUCACACUCAGGCCUCGGAGAAAGAAAUCACCAGCCCUAAAUCAGGCAAAAACACCAAGAGGAAGGAUGAAGAAGAGGAUGAUGAUGAUACUGUGGAGCCCGAUAACGACCUGAUGAUGCUGGAGGGGAGGAAGGAGCUGGACUCUCCCAGUCUGAGUGAGAGCGUGGCGAGUGACAAGGACGAGGGCCGCGAGACUGAGGCCAAGCCCACUGGACGCUCUACGGCCUCCCUGGAACGCAUCACCACGGUCAAACACAGCAUGACCCUGGACAUCCCCACGGCCCGGACCAACCAAUGCUUCAGCCUCACCUACUCCACUGACAAUGAUGAGGAGGAGGAGGAAGAGGGAGACUCCUCCCCGUUCCUGAGCUGCCUGAGGAAGCAGUCAUCCUAUGGUGGCAGCCACCAGUACCUGGAUAGCGCUCCACCCAUCGACGAGAGUGUCCGGGACCUCCCCCUGUUGGAGAAGGAAUUCCCCCUGUGUGAGAGAGACCUCCCCCUGCGGUCCCAGCCGGAUGAUGAUGGUCUGGCGUACGACUCCAUGAAGUACACUCUGGUAGUGGAUGAGAACACUACACUUGAGCUGGUCAGCCUCAGGAGGUACUUACGUGGAGAAAGGGCCCACCUUUAUUGUGGAAGGGUUUAGUUGAAUUUCAUUCUAUUGGCAAUUUAAAAGUAAUGUACAUCAAGUUGUUUAAUUACUCCUGUUUAGUCCAUGCUGUCACAACGGUCCCAAGCUGAUUUAUCAGGAGUCAACUUUAUAGUGUAUUAUAGAUGCUUUUAUGUUGUCUUCUUCUCUUAAGCUAUUAUGACUAACCUGUGUGAACCGUGUCCCUCCAAGAUGUACCUCUGUGCUGAGUGAUGACAGUGAGCUGUCUACGCUGUGUGAUGAUGACCCUCUGGGGACGGGGGAGGUGGGGUACGGCCGGCGGAACGGAGGAGUGCGGACAGAUCUCCUCAGCUCGUCAGAAGACUCCUCACCUGAGGCUGACAUGCACUUUUCCAAGAAGUUCCUCAACGUGUUUGUCAACAGCACCUCACGAUCCUCCAGUAAGUAGCCUACACUCUGAAAAAUACAGGUUCCAGUUGGAACCAAAUAAUAUUCUUCAGAGCGAUGCCAUAGGGGAACCAUUUUAGGUUCUCUGAACAACCUUAAAUGGGAUGGUUAUUUGAAGAACCAUACAAAACUCAAGAGCGCCAAAGAACCAUUAUUGAUUCCACAAGGAACCAUGAUAAAAGGUAAAAAAAUAAAGUUUAUGGUUCUUUGUGGAACUGCAUUAAUAAAGGUUUUAUUUUGGGUGUUUUCUGUUGAGCCCAGGGUGCCUUUUGAGUUAAUAUUAGAGUUACAAGUACCACCCCUGACUUGUUAGUGACAUAGACAUGGUUGUUGUAUUCGUUCAUGCUCAGUCCUGUGGCCUGUACAAAGUAAAAUCCUAACUGAAAAUGUUAUCAUUACAUUUUUCUAUAAAAUACAUAUUUCAUAAGGCCUAGUUUUACCCUAACACAGUGGCCUGAAACUCAGGAUUUACAGGCCAUGCAAGUCACAUGCUGGCUUGCAAAGUGAUGUGUAACUCCUAUUGGAAUCCAGCCAGAGGUAGGAUAUCCAACAUUUUGAAUUUUUAUUCACCUGCAACCUGCGUUCAGAAUGACUGCCAGGGUUGGGAAGACUAAGAUACACUGUAAACCCCAAUGUUCUGUCAUUACUCAACUUUUGAGGAAACCCAUUUCACUUAAAAUAUCUGAGUACAGUUACUUAAAGUGAUUUUGUAGUCCUUACUCAAACCGAUAUAGUCACUGCGACCCUGUAGGGCAGGGGUAUUCAACCCUACGAGGUCCGGAGCCUGCUCGUUUUCUGUUCUACGCACCUCUGUUGCACCCACCUCAUGUCCCAGGUCUAAAUCAGUCCCUAUUUAGAAGGGAACAAUGAAAAAAAUGCAGUGGAAAUGGCUUCGAGGUCCAGAGUUGAGUUUGAGGGCUGUAGAGGGUCAUGAUUUGAGUUGUAUCAGCUUGAAACAUUUUAGUAACGCCCCCACUAAGCCACACCUCUAAUAUAAUUUCCCAGUGUGCCUUGCCUUUUCGCAUGAAUGGUAGAGAUACUACCCAUGACUGUAUUUGUUAGUGACAGAGACAUGGUUAUUGAAUUCAUUUUUUUUUCAGUCCUGUGGCCUUAUGCAAUUGAGUUCGUAGGCGAAUGUUAUCAUUACAAUUAAACUCUUUAUGACAAUACAUUUACAUAUCUCAUAAGGCCUUAUUUUGAGGCCUAGCAAAAUUCCAGUAACUUUCAAAAAAUUCCUAGAUUUUCAAAAAAUCCUGGUUGAAGGAUUUCCAUGAAUCUUCCAACUGGGAUUUCUGGAAAACCUGGGAAAUGUACCAGAAUGUUGCAAUCCUACCUGCAAAUCACGUUAUGCUGGCUUGCAAAGUGAUGUGUAACUCCUAUUGGAAUCCAGCCAGAGGUAGGAUAUCCAACAGUUGGAAUUUUUAUUCACCUGCAACCUGCAUUCAUAAUGACUGACGGGGUUAGGAGACUACCUAAGCCAUUUAAACUGGAACAUACAUUUCAGUAAUGGGUGAAAAAAAUCAAACUAACUGAUUUGGAUUAGUUUAGAAAAGUGUAUGUUAUUUAAUCUUUGUGUAGCACAAGAUUAAUCAAUCACUCAAUGUACAUGCAAAAACACAGAUUCCCAAAAAAUCAUAACUUUAAAAAAAAAUAGUUGAUGUGGCUUCUCAUUUUGUUCUUAAUCAGUACGACAUUUUAAGUAAUAAUUACUUUUCAUUGACUUUGAGUGCAACUUACACACUUACAGUGUAUGAGGCUACUUAAAGGAUCUAAACUGAAACAACUCUUUCAGUAACUGAUGCAAUAAGUCCAAGUAACAGAUUGGAUUAGUAUAGAAAAAUUAUGUUAUUUGUAUUUGAGUAGCAUAUUAUUAAAUUAAUCAAUGUACAUGUAACAACAAAGAUAUUGAAACAAACAGUUCUAAAAAUCAACCUGCGAUAGAGCAUGCUGGGAAAUAUGAUAAUGAUUGGUCUGGUUUUGGUUCAACUCAGGAUAUUAAUGGCAACACUGUACACCAGGGUUUCCCAAACUCAGUCCUGGAGCACCCAUGGGUGCACGUUUUGGUUUUUGCCUUAGCACUACACAGCUAAUUCAAAUAAACAAAGCUUGAUAAAGAGUUGGUUAUUUGAAUCAGAUGUGUAGUGCUAGGGCAAAACCAAAACGUAAGUUCAGGGGGGACCCCAGGACUGAGUUUUGGAAACCCUAUUGUAUACCACUGAGUGUUCAUUUAACUAUUUACAGUCUUAAUUUGCUGUGUCAUUGAAUGUUCCUGAGUGGCCUAGUUACAGUUUUGACUUAAAACUAAUUGCAAAUCUAUGGCAAGACUUGAAAAUGUCUGUGUAGCAAUGAUCAACAACCAAUUUGACAGAGCUUGAAUCAUUUCUUAAAGAAUAAUGGGCAAAUAUUGUACAAUCCAGGUUUGCAAAGCUCUUAGAGACUUACCCAGAAAGACUCACAGCUGUAAUAACUGCCAAAGGUGAUUCUAACAUGUAUUGAUUCAGGGGGUUGAAAUAUAUUAGUGUUUUAUUUUCCACUAAUAAUAUACAGUACCAGUCAAAAGUUUGGACACACCUACUCAUUCCAGGGUUUUUCUUUAUUUUUACUAUUUUCUACAUUGUAGAAUAAUAGUGACGACAUCAAAACAAAAUAUAUUUUAUAUUUGAGAUUCUUCAAAGUAGCCAUCCUUUGCCUUGAUGACAGCUUUGCACACGCUUGGCAUUCUCUCAACCAGCUUCAUGAGGUAGUCACCUGGAAUACAUUUCAAUUAACAGGUGUGCUUUGUUAAAAGUUAAUUUGUGGAAUUUCUUACCUUCUUAAUGCGUUUGAGCCAAUCAGUUGUGUUGUGACAAGGUAGGGGUGGUAUACAGAAGAUAGCCCAAUUUGGUAAAAGACCAAAUCCAUAUUAUGGCAAGAACAGCUCAAAUAGGCAAAGAGAAACGACAGUCCAUCAUUACUAUAAGACAUGAAGGUCAGUAAAUCCGGAAAAUGUCAAGAACUUUGAAAGUUUCUUCAAGUGCAGUCGCAAAAACCACCAAGCGCUACAGGAAAGGAAGACCCAGAGUUACCUCUGCAGAGGAUAAGUUCAUUAGAGUUAACUGCACCUCAGAUUGCAGCCCAAAUAAAUGCUUCACAGAGUUCAAGUAUAAGGACACAUCUCAACAUCAACUGUUCAGAGGAGAUCGCGUGAAUCAGGCCUUCGUGGUCGAAUUGCUGCAAAGAAACCACUACUAAAGGACACCAAUGAGAAGAAGAGACUUGCUUGGGCCAAUCAAUGAACAUUAGACCGGUGGAAAUCUGUCCUUUGGUCUGAUGAGUCCUAAUUUGAGAUUUUUGGUUCCAACUGCCGUCUUUGUGAGAUGUAGAGUAGGUGAACGGAUGAUCUCCACAUAUGUGGUUCCCACCGUGAAGCAUGGAGGAGGAGGUGUGAUGUGUGGGGGGUGCUUUGCUGGUGACACUGUCUGUGAUUUAUUUAGAAUUCAAGGCACACUUAACCAGCGUGGCUACCACAGCAUUCUGCAGCGAUACGCCAUCCAAUCUGGUUUGCGCUUAGUGGGAUUAUCAUUUGUUUUUCAACAGGACAAUGACCCAAAACACACCUCCAGGCUGUGUAAGGGCUAUUUGACCAAGAAGGAGAGUGAUGGAGUGCUGCAUCAGAUUACCUGUCCUCCACAAUCACCCGACCUCAACCCAAUUGAGAUGGUUUGGGAUGAGCUGGACCGCAGAGUGAAGGAAAAGCAGCCAACAAGUGCUCAACAUAUGUGGGAACUCCUUCAAGACUGUUGGAAAAGCAUUCCUCAUGAAGCUGGUUGAGAGAAUGCCAAGAGUGUGCAAAGCUGUCAUCAAGGCAAAGGGUGGCUACUUUGAAGAAUCUCAAAUAUAAAAUAUAUUUUGAUUUGUUUAACACUUUUUUGGUUACUACAUGAUUCCAUGUGUUCUUUCAUAGUUUUAAUGUCUUCACUAUUAUUCUACAAUGUAGAAAACUUUUGACUGGUACUAUAUAUAUUUUUUUUCUUCCUCUUUUGAUGUUUAGAGUAUUUUGUGCAGAUCGUUGACAAAAAAAUGACAAUUAAAUCAAUUUUAGUCCCACAUUGUAACACAAUGAAAUGUGGAAAAAGUCAAUGGGUGUGAAUACUUUCUGAAGGCACUGUAAAAACCUUUUUUUUUCAGUGUAGGCUACACACUAACUAACUUCUAAAUAACCAUCAGCAUCUAACUUAGUGUAGCAACUAUACAAAAUAGAACAAAGCCUAAAAUAACUGUAGUCAAACAUUGAUCAAGUAUUGCUGUGGUUAAAAAAAGCUUAUACUUGGGUUAUAUUUUUAUUUUGACUCUCAUUUACUGAAUCCAGAGUAUCUAUGUUAGCUCUCCCAAGCUGCAGCAUAAUAAAAUAUCACUGAAGGAUCGUCUACAUAAUUAAGCGCCUAUUACAAAUGGAAAAAAGAAGAAUUUCAUCAUAAUGAGUUAUUUUGAGAGAUGCAGUUAUCAUUCAUAUAGAUUUUAUUUAGAGCGGUCCUAUGGGUUACAUUAAUGUCCCUCCAAACAUGUGUAUCAGUGUUCUCACUGUUUGUGUUUACCUGUGCAGGUACAGAGUCGUUUGGGCUGUUCUCCUGUACCAUCAACGGAGAGGAGAGGGACCAGACACACAGGGCUGUCUACAGGUGAGUCAUAGCAUUCAGAACAUCAUUUACAGACAUACUGUGUUAUGUAAACAUGAUCAGACAAAAACGUAUGAUUAUUGUAAUGUUGUCAUUGCAAGAGAACAUAUUAUAAUCUCUUAUCUUAUCUGUUUGACUCUUUGUUCUUAGUCCCACACAUGCACUAUGGAUUGUAGGUGAUAUGGGACAAAGGAUGGUUGUGUGCAGUAUGAGACGUGACUCUGGUGAAUCACCAGUGGUCUGGAGAGAGGGAGGGAAGAAGAGAUGGAGGGAGGAAGAGAGGAAAGGAGAGAGAGGGAGGGGGGCAGGUGUCAUGACCCUAGUGACAUUGCGGGGGGGAACAGCUAUACUCACACCAGCCUGCCACCACCUGGGCCUCACUGUGUGUGUGUGUGUGCCCACUGUCUCCCCCUUCCUCAGUAACGGAAUCAUUCCUCUCUCCCUAACCUUUAUAAACCUAAAUCAUUAAGCACAUCCACUCCCCCUUCCCUUUCAACCCUUCCUACUGCCCUCCCUCUUCUCUCCCCUCCUCCUCCCUCUAUCCCUAAGUGUGUCUCUGCUGUUUCUUCAGCUAACAGCCUCUCCUCGGGGAGUCACCUGAUACCAAGACAGAUGCUGCUUCCUCCUCACUAAAACCCAAUAACGUGUGUGUAUCUCUACCCUCUGACCUCUGUCUCCUGUCCCCUACAGGUUUAUCCCCAGACAUGUGGAUGAGUUGGAGCUGGAUGUGGACGACCCUCUGUAUGUCGAGGAGGAGGAGGAUGACUACUGGUACAGAGGCUACAACAUGCGGACGGGAGAGAGGGGGAUAUUCCCUGCCUUCUACGCCCAUGAGGUCAUAGGGCAGUCCAAGGAGAUAAUGGGUGAGUGAUAGACAGACACCAUAUAUUCAUGUCUGGUAGGAGCACAGUUCUACUGGAAAGCUCCCUUUCUAUACUGAGUAUGUCAAGUGUUGACUGUAUGUCAUCACUGGAGACACAUAACCUGAAUGUCAAUAAGAUAAAAUAGACAGAACAUAAAUGCCUCCAGUCUGAUGUCACCUCCUGUGUGUGUACUUCCUGUAGGAGUGAAGAGGAACCCAGCCUGGAUGGACAGUUUCAGCGUUCAGUUCCUGGGUUCUGUGGAGGUGCCCUAUCACCAAGGCAAUGGCAUUCUCUGUGCCGCCAUGCAGAAGGUAAACAGGAAACACACCACUCUGGGUUGGGUGAACUAACAGGUCAUAGAAUGAGACAUUGUUCAAUUAAUAAAGUGUAUCUGUAUUGAACUUUCUCUUUGUCAGAUUGCGAUAGCGCGGAAGCGGACGGUCCAUGUGCGACCCCCCUCUCUGUGUGAGCUGGAGAUUAGUUUACAAGGGGUUAAACUGGUGAUGAGCCUGGAGGACGAAUAUGACACUAUGGAUGAGGUGAGAGAUGGAGGGAGGAGAGAUGGGGAGGUGUAAGUGAGGGGCGCAAAGGAAGGGAAGGGGGGUGAGGGUAAGGGACGAGUGUAAACCGGGACAUAAUUUUUGUAAGCGACUGUAGUGCCUUCAAAAGGAUGCUGAAACGACUACAUAAUAUGAGUAUCUCUCCCCCCCCCCCUCUUUCCUUCCCUCUCUCCAGUUUGACAGAUGUAGUCACUUCUUCCAGAUGAAGAACAUCUCUUUCUGUGGAUGCCAUCCCAAAAACAAUUGGUAUGAAAAUGCAUGUUAAGGAUACAUUUCAUUAGACGAUAAAACACCAAAGAAUAAAGGUAAAUCAUUCAACUUUAUUUAUUUACACUUCCCCUUAUCCCCCCCCCCCUCUCCUCAGCUACUUUGGCUUCAUCACUAAACACCCCAUGCUGAACAGGUUCGCCUGCCACGUCUUUGUCUCCCAGGAGUCAAUGCGGCGUGUGGCCGAGAGUGUUGGGUGAGUCACACACAGUACCUCAGUGUCUCCCUUUCACACACCCAUCUCUGCUUUAGGACACACUUUGGAGUAUGAUUCUAAUUCCCCUUUAAGUUGUGCUUGUAAACCUAGGCAUGAAGAGCCUCUCCAUAAUACUAUUUGUUUUAUUGAAGUUGCAAAAAAUAUAAAUGAAACAUGUAAAGUGUUAGUCCCAUGUUUCAUGAGCUGAAAUAAACGAUCCCAGAAAUGUUCCAUACGCACAAAAACCUUAUUUCUCUCAAAUUCUGUGCACAAAUGUUUUAUAUCCCUGUUAGUGAGCAUUUCUCCUUUGCCAAGAUAAUCCAUCCAUCUGACAGGUGUGGCAUAUUAAGAAGCUGAUUAAACCGCAUGAUCAUUACACAGGUGCACCUUAUGCUGGGGACAAUAAAAAGCCAGUCUAAAAGGUGCAGUUUUGUCACGUGCAAUUGGCAUGCUGACUGCAGGAAUGUCCACCAGAGCUGUUGCAAGGGAAUGUAAUGUUCAUUUCUCUACCAUAAGCCAACAUUGUUUUAGAGAAUUUGUCAGUACGUCCAACCGGCUUCACAACCGCAGACCACGUGUAACCACGCCAGCCCAGGACCUCCACUUCCGGCUUCUUUACCUGUGGGAUCAUCUGACACCAGCCACCCGGACAGCUGAUGAAACUGAGGAGUAUUUCUGUCUGCGAUAAAGCCCUUUUGUAGGGGAAAACUAAUUCUAAUUGGCUGGGCCUGGCUCCCAAGUGGCUGCGCCCCUGCCCAGUCAUGUGAAAUCCAUAGAUUAGGUGGUAUUGGGGUUGAGCCUAACAAUGUUUUAGCACUGCUUUAUCUCCCAAUCUCGGUCAUUACUGCUUAUGUGAAAAACUGUGGUCUGAAUAAAAAUGGUGGAAACCAUAGACUACUGUACCUACAGUAUCAAGCCCUUUAGUUCAGCUGGCAUGAUGGAGAGGAGAAGAAAAUCCAUUACAAAGUAUAGUGUCAUUCUCUCAGUGAGAGACAGAGAAAAGAGGGAGAGAGAGUGUGUGUGUGUGAGCUGGGGUUUAUAAUGGCUGCAGUUCCUGUCCUGUCUUGUCUGAAUCAGGUAAACUGGGUUUGAAUUAUUAAAGAUGGCCAUGGUUCAAGGUCGAUACAACAGGGCAGAGCAGGACGGGAUGGGCUGGGGAGUCAGGGUUAGGGGAUGGAAAGGCUUCAGACAUGAACAGUAAUGAUGGUAUGGGGAAAUGUUUACUAAGCUGAUGCUCAUCUUGGACUAGAACCAUGAUGUGAGUCUGGCUGAGACAUCAUUGUUGGAUGAUUUGAUUGCGGACAUCUGUUUGUUAAGUUCUCUGUUCUCUGUCUCCCUCUCUAGACGGGCUUUCCAGGAGUAUUACCAGGAGCACCUGGAGUACGCCUGCCCCACCGAAGACAUCUACCUGGAGUAG